AUGUUUUGCUUCAGAACUAAGAAGUCGCCCAAGCGCGCGUACAUAGAAGAGGAACUUUUUCACCCCAAGCAUUCUACUACGCGAAAGCACAAAUCAACGCCACCCCCGGCGAAGUCACAUUUGAAGGCUGUUACGGGACCAAUACCAAAGGUACCAUUAACUCCACCCCCGAUUCAUGCACCCGCUCCUGAACCUGUGCCUCCGCUAACAAUUUGGUCACAUGAGAAGGAUGGUGACACGAAAAACUCAAAGGCCGGGGAUGCUGAUCAGCCACGAAGUGAGGGCAAGCGAGUUCUCUCUAGAGAAGAGUUAAGGCGGCUACGGCAUCAGAGCAAUCUGCAGCUAUACAAAUACAGUUUGCCGCUGCUUGCUGAAAGAUGA